GACCAUGCAAAACAGGAUUUGGCUAUCUCUGGAGCAUGUUAAAAUUAUUGUAAAACAAACCUUACUAUGAGCAGCUGAUACCUUAAUCAGUUUAACUGGUAAGAAUGUUUUCCUCUAGUUAUAACCAGUUUGAAGAUGAUGGCUUUAAAGGCUCUGACAGUGAACACAGCCAUUGUAGUGAGUCAGAUCGUGAAGAAAUUGAACAGGCAUUGUAUGCUCAGAUCCAUUACUGUCAGGAUAAUGCAAAAGAAGAAGAUGAUAAACACUUCAUUUUUCAAUGUUCAGAAAAUGGAGAAUUGAAACAGAGUGAAGUACAGUCAGAGGAUAAGAAAAUGACAAUUAAAUCAUCACUUAAUGACAGUUGUAUAACAAUAUCAUCGAGUACAGAGGGUUCACCUUGUAAGAGAAAAAAAUCCAAGAAAAAGAGAUUAUUAAUAGACUCUUUUGACGGAUUGAAAAAAAAUGAAAAGGGAAAGAAGGAAGAAGUGAUUCAUAUAUAUUCGCAAACAGAUACAGAUGCAAUAAGUAUAAGUUCUGAUAAAGGAAUAGAGGUUGACAGUUCUGACAUUGACCUUGACAUGGAUAGUGAUUGUAUGAUGUUAGACGAGAGUUGUGAUGACAUGGGUGACAUUGUCCUGAAUGUAGAUCUCAAUCAGAGAACCAUGUUAGAUAAGCUGACAGUCAGGGAUAUUGGGGAAAAAGAUGAUGAAGAAAAAUGGACAAUACUUGAUAGAGACAGAUUUGUUGGUAAUCCUUUGUUGGGAAGAUAUUACAGAUCAUCUUCAGUAAGAUGCCAUAAUUGUAAUGAAACGGGACAUUUAUCUAAAGUCUGUCCCCAACCUAAGAAAUUAGUAGCGUGCUAUUUAUGUGGAGACGAGGGCCACACUGGUAGAAAUUGUAAAAAUCCUAUAUGUUUUAACUGUAACACACCAGGGCAUAUUACAAAUGAAUGUACAAAAUCAAGACGAUCUAAAUAUAUAGACUGCCAUCGAUGCCAAAUGUAUGGACAUACAGCUUAUGAAUGUCCAGAAAUUUGGAGACAGUUUCAUCUAACAACUGUUCAUGGUCCAUUGGUAAGAGGUAAAGACAACGAAAACCCAUACAAACAUUGUUCAAAUUGUGCAGGAGAUGACCAUUUUGACCAUGAUUGUGAGGAAGAGAGAAUGGACAGACAUACUUUACCAUCAUGUACACUGAUAUCCCAAUACAGAAAGUCUGAUGUCAGGGUUGCCAAAAGAAAAAAAGAAAUGCAUGAAGAGGAUACAAGCAGUCCAAAGAAAAUAAGGAAAAUAGACAAAGAAUAUAGUUCAAACAGUGGUGGUUUCAAAAUAACAAAAAACUAUGAGGAAGACUUUGAUAGAAGUAGUUACAUUGAAACCAAUGACUAUAGUUAUACUAAGAAAAAGAAAAAGAAGACUACAUGGACGUUUAAGGAGAAAAAACCUGACAAAUUCCGCAAAAUGAUGGACAUGGAUUUAUAUACUAGUGAAAAGAAAACAUACGGAAAUAGAAAGAUAAAAUCAGAUAAAAAUAAACUUGAUAAAAGCAUAAAAAGGAAGGAAAAGGAAAGAAAGAAAAAGAAUAAAAAGAGAUUGAGUUUGGAGGAAGAAUAUUAUGGUCCCCUACCCAAGAAAAAGAAAAAUAAAUUAAAGAAGAAUAAGAAAGAUGGUCCAUCUAUAAAACACAAGACUGGUACACAAAGUAGUAAUAGAGGAUUUAAUAUAAAAGAUCUAAGGUUUACAAUCAGUAAUCCAAAAAGAUAAUGAAUGAGACAUUAGUGAUGUAUUUAUUGUUUUGAAAAGAAUGUUUACUAAUAAAUUAUUACCAGCUGUU